GAUGCAGGCCCUCGUGCUACUCCUCUGGACUGGCGCCCUCCUCGGUUACAGCAGCUGCCAGAACACUGGCCCAGAGGGCUCCCCGGACCCCGACACCACGGUGGUGCCAGUGGAGGAGGACGAUCCCUUCUUCAAGGUCCCUCUGAACAAGCUGGCAGCGGCCGUCUCCAACUUUGGCUACGACCUCUACCGCGUGAAGUCCAGCGAGAGCCCCGCUGCCAAUGUGCUCCUGUCUCCGCUCAGCGUGGCCACGGCGCUCUCCGCCCUUUCGCUCGGAGCGGAACAGCGGACGGAAUCCAGCAUUCACCGCUCUCUCUACUAUGACCUGAUCACCAACCCAGACAUCCACGGAACCUACAAGGAACUCCUUGCCUCUGUCACUACCCCCGAGAAAAACCUCAAGAGUGCUUCCCGUAUCAUCUUCGAGAGGAAGCUGCGGAUAAAAGCCAACUUCGUUGCACCCCUGGAAAAGUCGUAUGGGACCAGGCCCAGAAUCCUGACCGGCAACUCUCGCUUGGACCUUCAGGAGAUUAACAACUGGGUGCAGGCCCAGAUGAAAGGGAAAAUCGCUAGGUCCACAAGGGAAAUACCCAGUGGAAUCAGCAUUCUCCUCCUUGGUGUGGCUUACUUCAAGGGGCAGUGGGUAACAAAGUUUGACUCCAGAAAGACCUCCCUUGAGGAUUUCCACUUGGAUGAGGAGAGGACCGUGAAAGUCCCCAUGAUGUCAGACCCUAAGGCCAUUUUACGAUACGGCUUGGAUUCUGACCUCAACUGCAAGAUUGCCCAGCUGCCCUUGACCGGAAGCAUAAGUGUCAUCUUCUUCCUUCCUCUGAAAGUGACCCAGAACUUGACCAUGAUAGAAGAGAGCCUCACCUCUGAGUUCAUUCAUGACAUAGACCGAGAACUGAAGACUGUCCAAGCGGUCCUGACCAUCCCCAAGCUGAAGCUGAGUUAUGAAGGAGAACUCACAAAGUCCGUGCAGGAGCUGAAGCUACAAUCCUUGUUUCAUUCACCAGACUUUAGUAAGAUCACGGGCAAACCUAUCAAACUUACUCAUGUGGAACAUCGCACCGGCUUCGAGUGGAAUGAAGAUGGGGCGGGGACCACCUCCAGCCCAGGGCUCCAGUCUGCCCGCCUCACCUUCUCCCUGGACUAUCACCUUAACCAACCUUUCAUCUUUGUACUGAGGGACACAGACACAGGGGCCCUUCUCUUCAUAGGCAAAAUUCUGGACCCCAGGAGCACUUAAUGCUUCACUUUAAUGUUCAAAUACCCUAGAAGAAGGAAAACUUGAGGGGGAUGGCAGGUUAUACAUUACAUGAAGGCUGCCCCUAAGUUUCAAUGUAUACUUUGCAAUAAAAGUGCUUUAUCCUUAACUUU